AUGAACCACCAAUUUAAUGGACUUUCCAACUUUUUAAAAGAGUAUACUAGAAAAUAUGAAAAUCUUGUCAGUAUUGAUGAAGAUAAAUUUUCCUAUGAUAAUCAAGAACAAAAUGGAAGCACUAGUUCGAGAAAACAAGAUCAAGUCAGCGGUUUUAGAAAAUUUAAACCUCCUGAAAAUUUUCUAAGAACUCCUACUGGCAAUAAUUGCGGUGUAUCUAUAAAAUAUGAAACUCACGCUAAUAGUCCUUUAAACUCUGAAACUCCUGCAAGUGGUUCUAAAAAUCAUGAAAGUUUAACUAAUGAUUUUAUAAAUUAUGAAAUUCCUGAUAAAUUAUCCUUUAAUAAUCGACAAGUAAAUGGUUCUUGUCAGAUUAUUUCUGAACCAGAUCAUAAGUUUCCUAAAAGUAAUGGUAUUAAAAACAAAUAUUUGGAAAUUUCUAAUUAUAUACUUAUUGAAUCAAAAUAUGAACCUCCAAGACUUUUUGAAAAUAUUAAUGAUCAAUUUGAUAAUUUUUUAGCUCAAUGUAAUAGAUUUGUUUUUAUAAAUAAUAUGAUAGGCAAUAGGGUACCUCUUGCAGAUAUUGAUAAACAAAUUAAAAAUUUCUCAAUUUUACAUGAUAAGUUUGUUGAUAUAAAAGAACAAACAAUUAUAGAAAAACGAGAAAAUUAUGUUAAGGAAAGAGUGUACCUUUUAGCACAACAAGUUUAUGCUAAAAUUCUUGCAAAAUAUAAUAAAAAAGGACGUAGGAAAAAGGAUAAAUAUUAUAAGAAAAAGUAUCAAAAGAAAAAUAGGAAAAUAGUUAAUCACUUGCUAUAUUUAAAAAUGUAA